AUGAAACGAUCGAAAUCUUCAAUCGAAUACGUCGAAUCAGAAUCGUUCAUCACUGAGAAUGAGGGCGUUCAGGGUGUUCCGGGCAGAAAAUCGAGAUUGCCAGUGCAAGAUGUCGUCUUUCUGGUCGCGCAGUUCAUCUGUCUUGCUGCUGCGACAAUUUCAAUCUUCUGGCCACCCGCCGCCAUCAUGCUUGGACAGGUGAAUCAACUCAUCGCCAUCGGUUUUCUCUUAGCAGUCAUGGGCCUCAUAUUUGACAAUCUGGCUAAACAAGCAGCUCUGGUGUUUGCGGCCAGUUCUAGGAGAUCAACUGUUCAGGAUUUUGAUGCCUUUAUGCGUAAGGAUCUUACGGCAUCUCAAGUGCAUUGGCAAGUUAGAGUUGUGCUUUUGAUGCUCGUCAGCCUUCCUCUGGGCCUUGCUGCGGCUUAUAAAACUUUCACGGGAGGAAACACUACGCGGCUAAUCGUGGCGGGGGAGGGCGCAUUCGGCUUUACGGCACCUCCUGGCAAGCAACGAAUUGGUGAUGGCUUGUCUUUACUUUCUGACCUGUAUAUUCCUUUCUGGAUCGAUCCGGCUAUGAAUCGGACAUACGGCUACGCCCUUUAUAUUCGUGACAACGAGACAGCAGUUAUCGUAGAUUGUCCUCUUCCAGACGGGCAACAAACCAUUCGCUUACGAGCAAAAGUGAACGCAACUGUGUCUCGGAUGAUCAAUCCUACAGAUGAGGAGCGAGCGAGCGAGGAUUAUUGGAUGAACUUGAGCAACCAAUACGGGCUAGCUCGCGAAGCCAUUGGCGGAAUCGAUGGAGCCACAAGUUCAUUAUGGGCUGGAACGGACAGCUCAGGCGUUGCGACCAACUACUCCGUCAUAUUCCUAGCACAGUGGAAUAGCACUAAGAACGAAACAUUUGAAUCAGAAGCCAUCCGAACUGUUGUUACACGCGAGGAAGCCAAUGCUGAAUGGGUUAUCUCGACAACCAACCUUACUCUAACCAACGUCGAACUCUUGCCGAAUACGCAACUUGCGGACCAGGACAUCAUUCAGAGAAAUACGUUGAGUGUGCAGAGUAUAUUCAGUGCCUUUCUGGGCGAAUACGACUGGCAUAAUCGUGCCGGAGCUUUCAGCCAACCAUAUCCUGCUGGAACAGUCGAAAAGCCUUUGUGGUACCAACCCGUGAAUACUGUACCGUCGUUGGCGGCUGCAAUGGUAUGGGCGAGGAUUUCCAGUUUGGAUGAACCCAGCCGUCCUCAUGUUUCCUGGAAAAACAUUACAGGCUACAGCAAAGCUGUGAACGAUAUCAGGACCGUACAAACUUAUCCGACGCUGAAAAGGAGCCCACUGUUGAUGACCUUGCUUCUGGUUCUUCCUGUGCUUUCCAUUGCUUGUCUGGCGCUCAAAGCGAUAUACUCUGAUGUGCCGGUGGGAAAUAACUUUAACAGCAUUGCCAUGCUUGCCGCAGCCGAUCUCAGCACUCUUAAAAUCCUGAGAGGCGCGGGGUUGACAGGUACAUUGAGGAGAAAGAUUCCUGUCGCGUUCACGGUGUGCAAAGAUAUUAGGGAUAGCCGAAAAAAGGUUGGCAAAGUCGUAAUGACACUAGGUUCACGGUCAAGUCAGCAAGACACCGUUGAAAGUGAUAUGCUGUAUUAUUGA